UAUCUCACCCAGCACGAGAUGAACUCGUACGCCCACCUCAAAACACGCGACGGCACCAUCGUGCCUGAACCCGACGAGCACGGACACGACUACUACGAACCCGGAGACUUUGCCGUCCACAACGUCAACUGCCUCAGGGCCUGGCAUCUCAAAGAGCCUCUGGCUUGUCUUGGUAUAAUCGGUUACUACGACCACAUCUUCACCGCGUCCUUACACAAUGCAUGGA